GACGCUCCGCUGGUGCAGCUCAGCCGCGCUGACGCGUCUCCUCCUCGUCCUCACCAUGGACAGCUUCGACUUCGCCCUGCUCCAGGAAUGGGACCUGGACUCGCUCUGUGUCUAUGAACCAGACAGAAAUGUUCUGCGGAGAAAAGAAUGGGAGAGGAGAAAUCAGGAGGCACAACAGGAAGAUGGUUCAUUUAAUACCAGUUACUCCCUCUUCAGUGAACCAUAUAAGACUAACAAGGGGGAUGAGCUCUCAAAUCGUAUCCAGAAUACAUUAGGCAACUAUGAUGAAAUGAAGGACUUAUUGACGGAUCGAUCCAACCAGAGUCAUCUUGUUGGAGUUCCAAAACCUGGGAUUCAGCAGGCACCUGUGAACAAAACUGAUGAACAUUUUAUUGUAGAUUCAAGACCACAGCCUCAGCCUUCCAUCUGCAGCACUUCAUCAUCCAUACCAGCAGCUCUAUCUGGUCAGCAAAGCAAGAGUCCCACAAUGGGUUGGCAGAAAGCUGGGCACAAUGCUUCUGAUGACCAGCAGACGGCAAGCAAGCAUGGGCACAGAUUGCUUGAAUCACACAACAGUGACUUCAAAAUGGCUAACCAAAAAACCAGUCUGGAAAAGCUUAAACACUUUGCAUCGAGUCCCACAUCGUCAUCUGUCAGUGCUGCAAAACAAGGUACUUUAAGAUCCGUGCUUGGAGACAGUGUCAGCAAAGCACAACAGCAGUCCAAAUUAAAUUGCAGUGUAGAAGCAGGAUCUCAGGCUCAAGAAAGGCCAGCAAAACACAGCACUGGGCACUGUGUUCAGAACUUCCCUCCUUCACUUGCUUCAAAGCCUAAUAUAAUUCAACAGAAACCAACGGCUUAUGUAAGACCAAUGGAUGGUCAAGAUCAGGCUCCUGAUGAGUCUCCAAAGCUGAAGUUAUCAGCAGAAGCUAACAAGCACUGUACAUCAUAUAGGGGAGUACCUUCUAAUAAGCCUGACCCAGCUAUGGCCAAGACCAAGAUGGCAAAAUUUAACGUUCCCAGGCAAGAAGAGGAGAGUGGAACAGGAGAUAACACCUGUAUUGAAGAAAUUUUGCGGGAGAUGACCCAUUCUUGGCCUCCACCACUCUCAGCUAUUCACACACCUGGAAAAGUGGAACAGAGCAAGUUUCCAUUUGCAAACAAGGAGUCGCAGCAGGUGUCUACAGGACACAGCAAUCCAAGGAAAGGUGAGGCUGAGCCAAAGAAUCCAGAAAACAGUGCAUCACAUACGUCAAUGCUAGAAGAUGACCUCAAGUUAAGUAGUGAUGAAGAAGAGAAUGAUCAGCAGGCAGCACAGAGAUCUGCUCUCCGCAUUCUGUCUGACAGGUACAUUUUGAGGGGAGCAGGAGAAACAGAUCUUCCACAACCCAGUAGCAGAACCUCGGGACUCUCCAGCAAGAGGUCAAGUAGCAGCAGCUCCAGUGAAUCCGAGAGCAGUUCCGAAUCUGACUCAGAGAGUGAAAGCAGUUCCAGUGAGAGUGACGGCAGCAAGCCCUCUCAUUACUCCAGCCCAGAGCCUGAGCAGCCAUCAUCAAACAAGUGGCAGUUGGAUAAAUGGCUAAAUAAAGUUAAUCCUCACAAAGCAUCUAUUCUUAACCAAAAUGAUAAUCAUGGACUGGAGGGCAAUCAGUAUUACAGCAGCAUAAAGGAUGAAGGACAGGAAUGUGAGAAAAUACCAGCUAUUUGCCAAACUGAACUUAGAGACAAGGAAAUUGAGAACCCCAGCAAAGACGAGUUGAGGCCUAGAACGGCUAAUAAAGCACCAGGAAAUAAAGGAGGGAAGCAGAAAUCACCUGCUGCUGUUUCUGGAGACAGCUGCCCUCAGAGAAGGACGACUUGUAAAAAACAGCCAAGAAGAACAGAGAGGACCUCUGGUGGGGAUGCCUUGAACUGCCAUACAUCUGAGGAUCUCGCUUUGAGCCAAGUAUUUUUGGAAAAUAACAUCUGUGAACAACCUAAAGCCAGGCCCUGCAACAACAGAACUGGGCACAGAAAAGAGCCCCGCUCUGUCGCUGCAUGUGAAAAGAGACGUACCAGAGGGCCAAGCAAAACUGCACCCAAAUCCAAGGAAUUUAUUGAGACAGAGUCUUCGUCUUCAUCGUCUUCCUCAGAUUCAGCUUCAGAUUCCGAACAAGAGGAAUAUCUUCUGCCCAAACCUCAAACUGUGGCCUCUGCUUCAGGUGGGAGUGAUCAGAGGUUGAAGGACUCCGUGAACAGUAACACUAACAAAACUAACAGCAGCUGCAGUGCCUUUGGCUCCAUUAAUGCCAAGACUAGUAAUGAUAUAGCAAAGGAGCUGGAGGAACAGUUUUAUACUCUAGUUCCUUUUGGCAGGAACGAGCUCCUGUCUCCUCUGAAAGACAGUGAUGAGGUAAAAUCACUGUGGGUCAAAAUUGAUUUGACUCUUUUGUCCAGAAUUCCAGAGCGUUUACCAGAGGAGCCACUGGCAAUGAGCACUGGAGCAAAAGAAGAAGCCAGCCUUCAGCAGAAUAAUUAUACUUACCCACCAGCAGAAAAGGUUGUGCCAAAAUCUAGAAGGAAACGCAAGUGUGAAAAUGAAGAGGAAGACAGGGAGAUCAAGAAGACUCAUUUAGAGCGAGAGUGUUCUUCACGAUUAAUUGCCUCUGCCCCAGGUAUUUCAACAGCAAAUCAUUGCAACAGGAAUGAACAUAGCUUGGUGAUACCAAUAAAUAAAAAUGAGAAAAUGCUUCAGUCACCCAUCUCACCCCUCUCUGAUGCAUCAAAACACAAAUACUCCACUGAUGAUUUAACUUCUUCCAGUAGACCUAAUGGCAGCAGUCUAUUACCUUCCAUGUCCUCCAGCAAAAAACAUAAGAGUGAAAUCCAGCCACAGCCACAUCCUACGGACAGCAAUAAAGCAGUUCACAUCAAUUCAGAAAGUGUUCUCUGCAACAAGCCACACUCCCAAACAGAGCCUUGGCCAUCUUUAUCCAGGGCACACAAAGACUGCAGAAGAACAAAGCUCAUCUUUGAUGAUAUACCACGCAAUGCAGAUCACUUUAUGCAAGAAGCUAAACAGAAGAAGCAUAAAGCAGACGCGAUGGUGGAGAAAUUUGGAAAGGCACUGAAUUAUGCUGAAGCAGCAUUAUCGUUUAUUGAAUGUGGAAAUGCUAUGGAACAAGGCCCCAUGGAAUCUAAAUCCCCUUAUACAAUGUAUUCAGAAACAGUUGAACUGAUCAGGUAUGCUGUGAGACUAAAAACCCACGCAGGCCCUAAUGCCACUCCAGAGGACAAACAGCUAGCAGCAUUAUGUUAUCGCUGUUUGGCACUUCUAUACUGGAGAAUGUUCCGACUCAAAAGAGACCACGCUGUAAAGUAUUCAAAAGCACUUAUUGAUUAUUUCAAGAAUUCAUCGAAAGCUGCCCAGGCUCCAUCUCCAUGGGGUGCCAGUGGAAAGAGCACAGGAACUCCAUCCCCCAUAUCUCCUAGCCCUUCUCCUGUCAGCUCUGUAGGAUCCCAAGGGAGCACCGGUGCCCCUUCCCCCUCUUCCACUAUCAGCAUUCCACAGCGUAUUCAUCAGAUGGCAGCCAAUCACGUCAGUAUUACCAACAGCGUCCUGCACAGCUAUGACUACUGGGAGAUGGCUGACAAUCUAGCCAAGGAAAAUAGAGAGUUUUUUAAUGAGUUGGAUGCAUUGAUGGGACCUGUCACUCUACACAGCAGUAUGGAGCAUUUAGUUCAGUACACUCAACAAGGACUUCACUGGGUACGGAAUAGUGCUCACGCAAAAGACUGUGUGCCAUUCAAAUGAACUGCAUAAUCUCCCAUGGACAAUUCAGUUAUUCUGGACACUGUGCUACAGAAAUAAUCAACCAUAGCAUCCAAACAAAGGUGAAUAUUUCUUCAAUGUUGAACAACAUUUUUCCGAGUGUAGACAUAUAUGUGUGUAUGGAUAAUAUGCAGCUGUGUCUCUCCAGAAUGCAUUGUUCCAUAGCAAUCUCCAAACAUCGUCAUACUCUAGACAGAAUUGACCACAGGUGUCUUAAUACACACACACAUUCCCUAUGCCUGUGCUUAGAAAAACUCCGAAACCAAAAUCUCAUGAGUUAAUUGAACCAAGUGCAAUAAACACAAUGGCUCCUAGUCAGGAAUGCACUUAAGUGUGUGUUUAACUUUCAGCAUGUGCUUAAAUGUAAUUGACUUCAGUAGAACUUAAACAUGCACUUAAGUGCUUUCCUGAAUUAGGGACAAUGAGAGUUUGCCUGGCCGUUUGGCUGCUCCGUAGAACUUUCAGUGUUAGCGCACCAUCUCCCUCUGAUUUCCUGAUUGGGGUGUAUGGAUGAAUUGUGUAGACUGAAAAAAUAUGGAGCGAGAAAGCAUUAACUUUUGUGCAAUAAGUUUCAACAGCUUGCAUUCAUUUCUUUCUUUCUCUGCUUUUGAAAUUACCUUCCCUCCUGUUCAGCCUCCUUAUCAACUAUAAUGGACAUUAUCGAGGAAACAGCCUGAAAAAGGGGUGUAUUGAUAAUAAGAAACUGGAAGAGAUUCUGGAAAAUUGUGUACUGUUAUUAGAGGCAAGAAGUUAACACAAAAAUACGGCAAACUGCAACCCAGUUAGCGAAGAAAGUCCAUUUAUUACAUGUUCAUAUACAUACACACACAUCUAAGAAAUUUGUUUGCUUUGUGUGGUGAGGCUUCACCUAGGGUGACCAGAUGUCCCAAUUUUAUAGGGACAGUCCUGAUUUUUGGGUCUUUUUCUUAUAUAGGCUUCUAUUACCUCCUACCCCCGUCCCAAUUUUUCACAUUUGCUGUGUGGUCACACUAGCUUCACCUUACUGGCUCUGGUUUUGAUAUCUUUUCUAUCUUAAAGUAGCUUGCUUGCAAUUUCUUCUAGGCUGUAUCAUGCCAUUACAUGAAAUUCUCUUUAUCUUGGAAAGCUAGGUUUGCUGCUCACCAGACUAAGCACUGUUUCCUAUCAUAAUCCUCUCACUCGUCAUGCAUAAUCCUCCACUAGGCUUUAAUGUUGCUUGAUUUAUGGGGUGUUUUCAGCUCCUUUUGACAGACUGUGCUUUUUAUGCCAAGGGAAUUAAUCCUAAAGUAAUUGCAAUUUAAUUUGGAUCAGCUGAGGUCAUGGCCAGUUCAUAACUAAUGUAUUUGAUUGUUUUCAUCUGAAAUGUAAUUGUAUUGGUUAUUUUGCACCCAGCCCUCUAGCCCUUACUCAUGCAAGUAGCUACAUUAACUACAGUUGCAUCACUCAAGUAAGAGUCAAUGAAUGUCCAUCUUCACUGCUACAGUCUAGUCAGCUUUAUCUCAAUAUUAAUGUGAUGCUGGUGCAAAAAUAUCUGCCAGUAAAAGUUACAUAUCAACAAAGAAAAAUAGCCACUUAUGUAGUUGCCUUAUAUACUGGCAUUUCAGUGUCUGAUGAGUUGCAUUAGAAACCACAUAUCAAAUAAUUUAGCCAGAGGCAGAUUAAGGUUUCUUGGGGCCCUCGGCCAGAACAAGUGGUGGGCCCUUCCACCCCUUCCACCUGUGGUCCCUCCCCCAUUCUGCCCCCUCUAUAUGUGACCCCACCCCUUUGUUACCUUUUCCUCCCUCCCCUCCCAUUCCACACACACCCCAACUAUGGCCCCAAGACCAGAGACAUUCUGGGCACAGCGGGGAGUGAGAGCUCCCCCAGCCCUGAGGCUGCAGCAGGUAGCUAGACCUCCUCCAGUCCUGGGACCGGGGUCAGGUGGUGCUGGGGGCUUCCCCUGUGGCUGGCUGGCUUCUGCUGGGAUUGGGGGGCACUGGGGGCUCCCUUCGCCACAGCUCCCGUCCUGCCUGCCUGGCACUGCCACUAGGGAGUAGGGUCUGGGGUCGCAGGGGGUUCCCCGGCUGAUGCUUCCCCUGCCACCACCCCACCUGUCUGCCUGGUGCUGCUCCUGGAAGCGGGGUUGGGGCGUUGGCAUUGGAGUUUCAAGUAAGGAACUUUGAAUCACAUUUCUUGUGCUGUGACUGGGGAUAGUUUUUAUUAAUCAUGAGCUCAUUUGGAACUAGUUUGGCUGCAAUAUAUACAGCGAUUUCACAGAAAUUCAGGAAGAAUUAAUGUCCUGUUAUUGUAACAUAUUUCCUGACUACUACGGAUCUCUUGUAGAUUUGCACCCUUUCUUGUAAGCUGUUUUUAUGCUGAAUCAUUCCAGCUAAAAUACCCAUCAAGUCCUAUGAAAAUUAUAGUUUUUGUACUGGAAUCACUUACAUUGAACUCAUGUAAACAGAAGAAACUCCAUGGAAGUCAAUAGAGCUAUGCCCAUUUAGACCAACAGAGAAUUUGGCCUCCUGUCCACAAUGUUCCUUACAGGUGGUCAUUCUUAUGAGGUUAGAGCAUGCAGUUCAACCACAGGCACGUGUUUCUUCUGUACAGGUUGCUUUUUGUCAUGACUGCCGCUCUUUAAAUAACUACAGAUGUGUAAGGCAUGAUAACCAAAGAUACUUCAUUUCAUUCCUUUAGGGCCUGAUCCUGAAAAGUGCUGUGCGGCCUCAGGACCUGAUCCAGCAAAGCUCUUAAGUAUAAGCAUCACUUUACGUGCAUAAGUAGUCCCAUUAAUUUCAGUGUGAGCUGAGGGUUCUCAGCACGUUGCAGGAUCAGACCCUUAGAGACUGUCCUUAUUUUGCUUGCCACUUGCAAAGGCACAUCUUGUUUGUUUUAACUCAUUGUUUCAAGUCCGAGAAUGAUAAAGGUUCCCUUGUCUUGCAUUAGAGAUUCCAUCUCAGUCUUUCAGAGGUGAAGAUGUCAACCUGUUCAAAUCCAGCUCAAAAGCAAGAUUAUGCCUGGAGGGAGAGGUUUGGUAUAAAACAGAAACUUCUGGAUGUGACAGACAGCUAGUCACCAGCUGACAAGUACAUGCAGGCAUAGGAAAUCAACUGGAAUAUUAUCAAAUAAAAUGUGUGCCGCAGUUGGACAUAAAGGCAAUACAGUGAGGUUUUUUGCAUUAAAAAUUCCGUGAGAUACUCUGAGAUAUUCACAAACACCCAGUCAAUGAGGUAUUCAGACACACUUAGGCCUUGAUCCUGUAAGAUGUGCAGCGAGGAGUGUAAGGGUGAUGGAGGAGAUGUAUAGGUUCAGGUAUGGCUGACCACUGAGCAUAGGCAUCUAUGCUGUGUGGCAGCAAGUCCGAGGCCCCUUCCACAGCCCUUUCCUUAUUCUAAAUCUCACAGGGUUUAACGGGAAGGGGUGUAGGCAGAUGUUGGGCAUGUGAGGAGACAUGAUAUUCAGUGUAGGCCCAGAUCCUCCAAGGUAUUUAGGCACUUAACUCCCAUUUAUUUCAAUGGAAGUUACGUUCCUAGUAUAUUAGAGGAUCUGGGCCGUAUCCCUCAGCAUGCAACACUGGUGCUCAGUUAUGCGCUCCUUGUCUGAGCUUUACUUCUGCUACUGGGAGUAGCUUGGCAGCCUGGAAAGUAGUAGUCUCAUUAAUGCAGAAUCAGAUUCCCUGCUCUCCCGGUACAGCUCAUCACUUUUUACCUUUCACUUCCAUAUGCAGCAAGCUUCACCUGCACUGUGCAGGAUCAAGCCCUCCAUGUACGUGUGCACACACGUCUAUAUCUAAAUCAUGAAAAAGUUUAGUCAGCACAAAGGAUAUUACUAGUGCUUCCCAUUGCUCAUUGAGUACAUGUUACUGAAUGGCCAUAUCACCUCAGAAGAGCAGGAAUUGUUAUCAAGGUAAUGUGUGCAGCUAAUUAAUUUAUAAGACUCUCACCUUGGGAAUGGUGCAGUCGUAUAUUUUUCAUAAUACCAAUUUUCACCCAUUUUUCAUGGCUCUGAUAUAAAUCUGCAUAACUAAAAUGUCACACUUAGACCUGGCUAAUCUAUGCUUAGCUUAUCUACUCAAGAGACUUUACUAGACACCAGCCUUAAUGCCUAUACGGUAUAUACUAUUGAGUGACUUAGUCGCAGUGUUUAAUCCAAAUGAAAUUGGUAUUUGCAAACUGACUUGGAUUAACUAUGUCUGCCACUGCUAGGUUGCAGAUGUGACCUUAAAUUAUUAUGGUUUUAAACAAAAUAAGUUGAAUUUUAUGUAAAGAAUAGUGACUGGAUUCCUUAAUCUUUUUAGAAGAAGAUUUUUAAAAGAACACCUUGUCAAAGUCAUAUGUUUUUUAACUUUCCUAAAAUUUCUGGAGGGUUGCUGGUUCAUGGUCAAAGCUGUAUUAAUGACAUUUCCCUUCUACAGUAUGUCUGGCCUUUGCAUAAUCCACUUAAUAUGUCAAAAAGAAAUGUUUCUUUUUUAUAAUGAUUGCAGCACUCCCCUCUCCCAGUUCAGUGGAAAACCCUCAGAUGAAAGAAUAAAAUCUCCUUGCAUGUUGCUGGCACCAUACACUUAACAAUGACUGAAUGAAUUUGUUACAAUGAUGAUAAAAGUAUGGCUGGCACAGAUCUAAAAUGUCUUUCCUUUUGAUAACUUUUUGUUACAAUUUACACCAUGUAUUCAGACUCAUUCCUUAUUUGACUGGAGAGAAUUAUCUGAUUUACAUCCUAUAAAUAUGUUCCAGCUCAGAGCAUGAUCAGAAUCAUUAUUAUUCCACUACUUGAUACACUGGUUAUGCACCGAAGAGUGGGAACAUGCAUAGCAAUGGGUGAACCUCAUCUGAAUCCAUUUAGAAAAGCAUCUGGAUGUUUAUUUGAAGCUGAUCCAAACAUAUGAACCUCUUUGGUCAGGAAAGCUGUCUGGAAAGCUGGUGAGAACAGUGUCUUCCAUAAGAGUCUCAAAGUGAAAUCUUGGCUUCACUGAUUACAUCUACGCAGCAAAAAAACAAAACAAAACAAAACAAAAAAGGAUACGUGGCAGCGAGUCUCAGAAUCCAGGUCAACUGACUCAGGCUUACGGGGCUCAUGUUAUGGGCAGUGAGGACAUUUGGGCUUGGUCUAGAGCCUGGGCUCUGGGACCCUCCCCGCAGGA